GUCUCCCUAGAACCGUCACUGUCCUAGACCCAAGCUAAGAGCACCCUUCUGCCCGAGGCCUCUGCUUGCCGGGGACAGAAUGCCCACGCGGAGGCCGGGAGCCAGUGAAAGAGGCAGAGCUGCUUGGACGCCUGGGUCCCUGCAAGGCCUAACCAGCAGGAGAUGGGGGCAGGAGGUGAUCAGACUGGCUUCAUGAGAUUGUGCCUCGGGUCUUUUGGCUAUCCUGGCCUCCCGGAAGCAGAGCAUGGCUCCUCCCCAUUGCCCCGUGCCCUCCUUGUCUUCAUAUUUCCCUACAGCUGUGAGCUCUUCCAACCUCAGGAUGCAGAAGGUCUCAGUAUUGCUCUUCCUGGCCUGGGUCUGUUUCCUCUUCUAUGCUGGCAUCACCCUUUUCACCAGUGGCUUCCUUCUCACCCGUUUGGAGCUCACCAACCACAGCAGCUGCCAAGAACCCCCAGGUCCUGGGUUCCUGCCAUGGGGGAGCCAAGGGAAGCCUGGGGCCUGCUGGAUGGCCUCCCGGUUCUCCAGAGUUGUGCUGGUACUGAUAGAUGCUCUGCGAUUUGACUUUGCCCAGCCCCAGCGGUCACACAUGUCUGGGGAACCUCCUGUUUCUCUGCCUUUUCUGGGCAAACUAGGCUCCUUGCAGAGGCUUCUGGAGAUUCAGCCCUACCACACCCGGCUCUAUCGAUCUCAAGUUGAUCCCCCCACCACUACCAUGCAGCGCCUCAAGGCCCUUACCACUGGCUCACUUCCUACCUUUAUUGAUGCUGGCAGUAACUUUGCCAGUCACGCCAUACUAGAAGACAAUCUCAUUAAACAGCUCAACAGUGCAGGAAGGCGUAUAGUCUUCAUGGGAGAUGACACUUGGAAAGACCUUUUCCCUGGAGCUUUUUCCAAAGCUUUUUUCUUCUCAUCCUUCAAUGUGAAAGACCUACACACAGUGGACAAUGGCAUCCUGGAACACCUGUAUCCCACCAUGGACAGUGGUGAAUGGGACGUGCUGAUUGCUCACUUCCUGGGUGUGGAUCAUUGUGGCCACAAGCAUGGCCCUCACCACCCUGAAAUGGCCAAGAAACUUAGCCAGAUGGACCAGGUGAUCCAGGGACUUGUGGAGCGUCUGAAAAAUGACACACUGCUGGUAGUGGCUGGGGACCAUGGAAUGACCAUGAAUGGGGACCACGGAGGGGACAGUGAGUUGGAGGUUUCCGCUGCACUUUUUCUAUACAGCCCUACCGCCCUCUUCGCCAGUACUCCACCAGAGGAGCCAGAGGUGAUUCCUCAAAUCAGUCUUGUGCCCACACUGGCCUUGCUGCUAGGCCUCCCCAUUCCAUUUGGGAACAUUGGGGAGGUGAUUGCUGAAGUAUUCUCAGGGGACAAGGUCUCCCAGCCUGACUCCUCUGCGCUAGCCCAGGCCUCGGCUCUCCAUCUCAACGCCCAGCAGGUGUCCCGAUUUCUUCAUGCCUAUUCAGCUGUUACUCAGGACCUCCAAGUGAAGAAGCUUCAUCGGCUGCAGAACCUCUUCUCCAAGGCUUCUGCUGACUACCAGCGGCUUCUGCAGAGCCCACGUGGGACUGAGGCAAAACUGCAGACUGUGGUUACUGAGCUGCAGCAGUUCCUGCGGGGAGCUCGGGCCAUAUGCAUCGAGUCUUGGGCCCGUUUCUCUCUGGUCCGCAUGGCAGGGGGUGCUGCUAUCUUGGCUGCUACAUGCUUUCUCUGCCUGUUUGCAUCCCAGUGGGCAACUUCCCCAGCCUUCCCUUUCUACCAUCUACUGCUAAUACCUGUGGCCUGGGCCCUUGCUGGGGCAACUCUGUAUGUUGGACUAUUGACAACUACUAGGCUGAAGCUGGAUCUAGUGGUUCUAGGGGCUGUGGCUGCAGCAGGUUCACUUCUGCCUUUUCUGUGGAAAGCCUGGGGUAGCUGGAGGUCUAAGAAGUUCCUGGCAACCCUGCUUCCCAUCCCUGGGCCUGUCCUAUUACUUUUGCUCAUUCGCCUGGCUACCUUCUUCUCUGAUAGUUUUGUUGUAGCUGAGGCUAGGGCCACCCCCUUCCUUUUAGGCUCACUCAUCAUGCUUCUUGUUGUCCAGCUACACUGGGAGGGCCAGCUGCUGGCACCUAAGCUGCUCACAGUACCCCGCCUUGGCUCUUCUACCCCAACAGGCCCCCCACGGCACAGUGGUGCAUAUGCCCUGAGGCUUGGUGUUGGGUUGCUUUUAUGUACAAGGCUAGCUGGCCUUUUUCAUCGCUGCCCUGAAGAGACACCUGCUUGCCACUCCUCUCCCUGGCUGAGUCCUCUGGCAUCCAUGGUGGGUGGUCCAGCUAAGAAUUUGUGGUACGGAGCUUGUGUGGGGGCAUUGGUGGCCCUGUUAGUUGCUGUGCGCCUGUGGCUUCACCACUAUGGUAAUCUCAAGAGCCCGGAGGCCCCUGUGCUUUUUGUGCGCUGGGGACUGCCUCUAAUGGCAUUAGGUACUGCUUUCUACUGGGCAUUGGUAUCAGGGGCAGAAGAAGCACCUCCACGUCUCCGGGCCCUGGUUGCUGGAGCAUCACUUGUGCUUCCUCGAGCUGUGGUAGGGCUGGCUGCUGCAGGCCUCAUGCUGCUGCUCUGGAAGCCUGUAACAGUGCUGGUGAAGGCUGGUACAGGUACCUCAAGGACCAGGACUGUCCUCACUCCCUUCUCAGGCCCCCCUACUUCUCAGGCUGACUUGGAUUAUGUGGUCCCUCAAAUCUACCGACACAUGCAAGAGGCGUUCCGGGGAAGGUUAGAAAGGACAAAAUCUCAGGGUCCCUUGACUGUGGCUGCCUAUCAGUUGGGAAGCGUCUACUCGGCCGCUAUGGUUACAGUCCUCACCCUGUUGGCCUUCCCACUUCUGCUAUUGCAUGCGGAGCGCAUCAGCCUUGUGUUCCUGCUUCUGUUUCUGCAGAGCUUCCUUCUCCUGCAUCUGCUUGCUGCAGGGAUGCCCAUCACCACCCCUGGUCCUUUUGCUGUCCCAUGGCAGGCUGUCUCAGCUUGGGCCCUCAUGGCUACCCAGACCUUCUACUCCACAGGCCAUCAGCCUGUCUUUGCAGCUAUCCACUGGCACGCAGCCUUUGUGGGAUUUCCAGAAGGUCAUGGCUCCUGUACUUGGCUCCCUGCUUUGUUAGUGGGAGCCAACACAUUUGCUGCCCACCUUCUUUUUGCAGUAGGUUGCCCUCUGCUCCUGCUUUGGCCCUUUCUGUGUGAGAGCCAAAGGCCAAGGAAGAGGCGGAAGCCUCCAGGGGCUGGAGCUGAGGCCAGGUUCAGGCCUGAGGAGGAAAAGGACGAGGAGCCACUGAUGGAGAUGCGGCUCCGGGAUGCUCCUCACCACUUCAAUGCAGCGCUCCUACAGCUGGGCCUCAAGUACCUCUUUGUCCUUGGAGUUCAGAUUCUGGCUUGUGCCUUGGCAGCUUCCAUCCUCCGCAGGCAUCUCAUGGUCUGGAAGGUGUUUGCCCCCAAGUUCAUUUUUGAGGCCAUAGGCUUCAUUGUGAGCAGCGUGGGACUUCUCCUGGGCAUAGCUUUAGUGAUGCGAGUGGAUGGUGCUGUGAGCUCCUGGUUCAAGAAACUAGUUCUAGCCCAACAGAGGUAGCCCAGGCUAUGGAUGCUGACAUCUGGCUACAGGGACAGCUGGAGAAGAGCCUAGCCUGGACUAUAUAGGCACUGCAUGAUCUGCAAAAGAGAUUGAGCCACAUACUUCUUAUGGCCUUGCAGUCAGGGGCUGCAGUCUAUGGGACUUCAUUAUUUUAGAAUUCAGUAUCACAGUGGAGCCUGAUCAUUUCUCCUGAUAUGGCUGCAACUGAUGGAUAAAGGGGGUGGUCUCCACAUGGAAUAAAAUAAUAAUACAAGUA